UUACAUCAUCUUGAAUUCAUCAACGGCAAUGAUCCAAGUGCUUUUGGAUUCAUAGAUCCUGCAGUCAUCGUGCAUGCUGUGCAUCUCAUUUUCGCAUUUGCACAUGGCUGUGAUGAUGGCAAUCUAGGGCCCAGCAUCACAUGCCAACCUCACGAACAUGAUAGUGAUUGGAAG